AUGACCAAAUUGUGCCAUAUCAAGGAGCGGCAACUCGAACUUGAGCGUCAGAACGACAAUUUCAAAAGCCUGUUGGGAUUCACCUCCUCUGCCUCAGCCUGGCUUGGGAUGGAUUGCAUCAUAACUUGUUUGCAUCUCUACCUGGAGGAGGCUAUCAAGAGAACAGAAGAUGAAGGCCGCGGCUUUACUUGCUAUAAGGCUGCGUUGCUGUGGGUGCAAGAGCAAAGCGUCGAGACAGCAACUUUUAUCAGGAAUUCUCUUAAAGCAAAUAUGGUCGACAUGAUUAAAGCUCGCUUCCUCGCCGUAGGAAACUGCGAUAACAGCAAUAAUGAGGAUGGGCUGAACUUUCUGCGGAUAUUGUCACCCAGUACUCGCUUGCAUCUCGCUCGGCAUCUGACUGAGUUCUAUGGUUCUAACAGACUGGAGAAAUGCGAGAUGAGCGAGGAGGUGAAGAAGACCACGCAAGCGACACCAAGAUUACUAGCAUGUCUGAAUUGGCUCCAGCAAGCAGACCUAGUCGUCGAUCCCUGGCAUAUUAACAUUGAUUCCUUGUUCGAAAAGGAUCAGUCAAACUGUCAAAAGAUUGACAAAGAAGUAUACUGUGUCGGCUACACCUAUACAAAAGAGGACAUCCGUCAGCUUCUAAAGAGUUGGGCGAUAACCGACACGGAUAAGUGGACCUCUUUCAAGGACUAUUCUUCAAGAAAGCAAAAAUUGAUGAUGACUGUGCAAUACCAUACGGAAGGAGAUGGUUCGAGGCGAGCGGAAAUCGAAUGGACAACAGAGUGA